UGCGCGCCCAGUCGGUUAUUAGCUGUCGUGAAGUCAAAAUGAGUUCUCCUCCGUACGUUUUUGUUGCGUUGCUGGCAUACUUUUCACUCUGCAUUCAACCGACAGAUGCCCAGACGUCGCUCACCCAAAGCGACAUGAACGAGAUCGCCAAGGGGAUGCGAAAGAUAUGUUUGUCCAGGCAUAAAAUCUCUGAAGAAAUGGCCAACUAUCCGAGUCAGGGCAUUUUCCCCGACGACAGCGAUUUUAAGUGUUACGUCGCCUGCCUGAUGGAUCUAACGCAAACUUCUAAAAAAGGAAAACUUAACUACGAUGCUGCGGUCAAGCAGAUUGCCAUCCUUCCGGACGAGUACAGGCAACCGUUCCGACUGGGGCUAGAUUCUUGCCGUACCGCAGCGGAUGAUAUUGCUGAUCGGUGUGACGUCGCCUACGCGUUGCUCAAGUGUUUCUUCAAAGCGAGUCCAAAGUUCUUUUUUCCUUAAAUGUUGAUUCAAGGUGAAAUUGUAGUGACAGUGUGUAUGUAGUAAUAAAAUAGAGGAAUAAAAAUAUGUUAAUACGGUAAAAGACUCGAGAAGGCUCCCCACCCCAUGACAAAAUUUUAGAGGCACUGCAGGAUUUACGCCUGAAUGUAUGCAAUCCGCAGUACACACGUUGCGAAAGCUUCACAGUAUUGCUUUCAGUGUGGUCAAAAAUGGUUGAAUAAAGUCGAAUGAAAUAUUGCUUAUUAUUCGAUUAGAUCCCCCUCCUUCUAUCCUGACCCUUUAUAUUGGCUUACAGGAGCUACGUACUAUUUUUUGGUCACGCUAGAUAUGGCCAAUCAGGCUUUAUAACAUACACGGUGUUCCCGGACUGUAACGGAACAUUGGUUCGAUGGAUACCUGUUAACGAGCAUAGAUAUUCAGAAAAGGAGGAGAAAUAAGAAUAAUAACAUUUCAAAUCACUUCUUACACUUCUUAAUACACCUAGGGUGCAAUCAUACUUAAAGAGUCAAACGCCGAAAGUUAUGCAAAACUAACACACUCACUCACUCACUUGGUCAUUCUGUUCUGAAACGUAUACACUGUCCUACAGAGUCAAUAUUAAUUAAAUAAAACACCACGGAAAUUUGAAUCGCACGUAACCAAACACAUCUUCUUUGUUGAUCAUUGGGCGGGAAGCUGCAGGCCGGGACAAGUGCAAUUUGAUACCAGAAAGAAACAGCAAAUAAUGCACCGGUCACGUCCUACAUCCGGAGCCCUAAGCUUUUUCCUUUUUACUGUGUUUCCUAAAAGUCCAAAUUAUUUAUCACAUAUUUUGUUUCCAUUCAACGCAUAAUAUAUGCGCGCUGCGCUAUAUUAAUCUAUUAGGCAUAUAGUUACUAAAUUAAGAAAAUGC